AUGAUGCUGGCCCAGGAGCCCAACGGGUCCCUCUCGUUCCCGAACGGGUCGGCUUGCGAGGCGGGACCAUCCUGCGCCAACGGCUCCGCGCCCCCGAGCCCCCCGCGCCUGGUGGACGCCUGGCUGGUGCCCCUCUUCUUUGCCCUGCUGAUGGUGGCAGGGCUGGCGGGCAACUCCUUGGUCAUCUACGUCAUUGCCAAGCACAAGCAGAUGAGGACCGUGACCAACUUCUACAUCGCUAAUUUGGCUGCCACUGACAUCAUCUUCUUGGUCUGCUGCGUCCCCUUCACUGCCGUACUAUACCCACUCCCGGGCUGGAUUUUUGGAGAGUUUAUGUGUAAAUUCAUCAACUACAUCCAACAGGUCUCUGUGCAAGCCACGUGCGCCACCCUGACAGCCAUGAGCAUAGAUCGGUGGUAUGUGACUGUGUUUCCUCUCCGCUCUCUACGCCAGCGCACCCCUCGUGUUGCCAGUGUGGUCAGCAUCAGCAUCUGGGUUGGGUCUUUUGUCGUCUCCACCCCAGUGCUGGUGUAUAACCGGCUGACCAAGGGCUACUGGUUUGGGCCACAGACCUACUGCAGCGAGGCCUUUCCAUCCAUCACCCAUGAGAGAGCCUUCAUCCUGUACAACUUCUUGGUGGUGUAUCUCCUCCCCUUGCUGACCAUCCUUCUCUGCUACACGGCCAUGUUGUACCAGAUGGGUCGUCCCACGGUUGAGCCAGUGGACCAAGCUUACCAGGGGCUGCACCUGGCGGAGCGCUCUGAAGCCACAAGAGCCAAGAUCUCCCGUAUGGUUGCGAUCAUCGUGUUCCUCUUUGCUGUCUGCUGGGGCCCCAUGCAGUUCUUCAUCCUCUUCCAGGUCUUUGGCCCGGGCUUCCAGCGCAACUAUUAUACCUACAAGGUCAAGAUCUGGGCUCACUGCAUGUCUUACGCCAACUCCUGCGUCAACCCCAUGGUCUACGCCUUCAUGGGGGCCAAUUUCCGAAAGGCCUUCAAGAAGGUCUUCCCCUUUUUCUUCAAGCAGAGGGUGGGCAUCUCCAACGCGGCUGGCCACGCCAAUGCCCACACCGAGCUGCAGUUCCUCUCAUCAGGGAUGUAA